AUGAAUACGCAGAAGCCUGUAGAGUUCAGAAGAAAAGCCAAGUGCAGAUUUCCCAUUGCAAGAAUCAAGAAAAUAAUGCAAAUAGACGAAGAGAUAGGGAAGGUCAGUACGUCAGCCCCGAUAGUCAUCAGCCAUGCGAUAGAAUUGUUCCUAAUCAGUCUUCUAAAGGAAAUGGAGGCCGAUGCAAAACAAAAAUCAUCAAAGAAAAUACUUCUUGUGCACCUAGAGUCGUGUAUAAUGAACAACCCCAAACUAGAGUUUAUGAAGGCCCUGCUUCCAUCCAAAAAAUAA